UCUUCAUCCACCUCACAGAACCUAAAACAAGCAAAGAACAAUAAUGCGAUCUUAAACGACACAUUUCCUCAAUACGUAUUACUGACCAUGGCGCAUGCAAUGCACCUAGGUGAAGUACCCCCAGUCUUCCAAAUCGACCUCUCUCUUCCCCCAUCCGAAAGAUACAUCCACGUCGCAAGACAAUACCACAACCACCUAGUUUCCAUAAAGAGUCUCUUUGACCAACUCAUCACCGAAGCGCUCCCCAAAUCCCUCCAACCAUGGAUCAAAAGACUAUCACGUCUAUCUCUGCGCCGCCUAUACACCCACGAAGAAACAGAAGAAAUCAAAGGCAUUAGCCGCGCCACUGGGAUAGAACUAUACUUAUUAGUCUCAUUCAACGUGCUCCUGGACUUACUAAUGGGCUGCACAAGCGGCGCAGCACUAACGAAACUUGAUAACCCCGCAGGCGAGCAAUCGCAGCCUCGACUCUUCCAUUUCCGGACCCUAGACUGGGGCAUGGACGAGCUCCGCAAGUUGCUCGUCUGCUUUGAAUACGUCCGCGGACCUGAUUACGAUACCGUCCUGGCGACGAAUAUCACUUACAUCGGGUUUGUGGGUGUGUUGACCGGUGUCAGGAGGGGACUUAGUGUUUCUCUGAACUUCAGACCGAACCAUGAUACGAGCAGCUGGCUGCGUAAUUAUCGGUAUUAUGGAAGUCAUUUACUUGUGCUCUUCGGGUGGAGACGGUCUAUAUCCUCUAUGCUGAGAGAGUAUAUCCUUCCUUCGGAUGGUCCGUUGCCCCCGCCGGCUCUCGACAAGGUCUGGCCGACGGUAAUGCGGACACCGUCUACAGCUGCGUAUCUGAUCUUUUGUGAUGGGGUCGAUGCGGUGGUCCUGGAGAAAGACCACCGGACAGCUCACAUAGAACGACAAUCAUCUUUCAUCGUCGCAACAAACAGUGAUCAUGUCACCCCCUCGACGAGGGAGAACGGACACCAAGGGGACCAUGUCGGUGCGGCCCUAGGAACAGGGGUGGCCGUCUCAGUUGUGGAUCUCAUAGGAGACAGCGAAGAACGGAGGAAAUUCAUGCAAGCGCACUGGGACAAGAAAGUCAGGCAGGCGAGGAAAACCACUUCAAUCCCAGAAUGCACGUACUCAACUGCCCGCAAAGACCCUCUCAAACGCACUCGCGCGUCUCAGAGGGGAGAUGGAUCGUUACAUGAAGCCGCCCCAAAUGGAUCUUCUUUACCUGCUCCUAGUUCGGGUACGCUGGUGGACUCCCAAGUCACAGCUACGCUAAAGGAAGCUGUUAAAUGGACGACGACAUACCCUACCACCAAUGAGAUGACCCAUUUUGCGGCGGUGAUGGAUCCCACGGAGGGAAAGGUAGUCUGGAUCAGACGGUACUUGGAACCAUUAUCAUUUGAUACACGCUAUUAGAAUUGGUUUCGAUACUGGACAGGGCAUCUAUGAUAACUACAACCACAGCCACAACUAAGGCUCCC